UUCUAAAGAUUCAAAACCAUCAGAAUUUAUUGAUGAAAUUGAAACAUACCUAGGAGUUCCAUCAUUAUACAAAUUUACUGAAAAACAAGGUGAAGUGAUUGAUAACUUAUUGCUAGAAGAUGAGAUAAAUGUUCCUGAAUCAGGUCCUGAUGAUGUGGUGUUGUCAUUGCUUAAAAUUGGUGUGAUAUCUUACCUGGAUUGUGAAUGUCCUGAUUUCAAAUUGAGAGAAGGUAGAGUUGUUGGGUUUACCUCACCCAUAAACAGAUUAUUAUCAUUUUUUCAAAGAUAUGCUCCAAUGAAAGAACCAUUGAGAGGUGAAUUUAGUUUACAUGACUUGACCAAAGAAGCUUUAUCCAGAAUUGAUCCUAAGACAUUGAAAAACAGUUUGGGUGGCAUAUAUUCACCAAUACCCAUCCAGUCACACCUAAUUCUUGAUUUCAGAGAAACAAAAUUAGUGAGAAAAUUCUAUGCCAAGACUUGGUAUAUUAAACCAAAUGCAGAUUUUACAAUUUUAGAUGUUUCAACUGAACAUGAUCAAUUUACAAUUCUAAAUAAGAAAAGACCUAUAUCACAAACAAAAACUGAUAAAAAAGAUACCAAAGAUCAUGAAAAACAUAUAUUCAAAUUAAUAGAUGAUUUUUAA